AUCGACGUCUGCCAUUGGUCGGCAGACGGCAUUCCGACGGCUACCCCCACUACCCCCGAGCAUUGGGAAAUCUGGAACCGCUCUACCACCGGCGCCGAGACAGCUCUCAAUCCCAGUUGUCCGCGUCUCGUCCGUACCGUUUUGUGUUACGGCCAUAUUUCUUUUGUUUUUUUUUUUUGUUUUUGUGUUUAUUUCAUUGUUGUUAUUAUUAUUAUUAUUAUUAUUAUUAUUAUUACUGUUCUGCUAAUAUUAUCAAAUAAUAACCGAUCCCGAUGGGAUCAGGUUUAUUCUAGUAUUUUAGUUUUUGUUUUUCUUCCGUUCCUUAGAAAACGCGGUUCAUGUGAUCGUCGACAUUGCUCCUUUUUUCUCUCCCCAACUGCAUUUCACGUCGUCUUAUUGAAAUUGAAAAUUUGAUUAAUAUUUUAUGUAAAUUAUCUCCGUCGGAUGUUUUUGUACCUACCCCUAUUUUCAAGUCGGUCGUUUUGUGUAUUCUCUCGCGUGGGAAGUUUGUAAUCUAAUCCGAUUGUGUAGAAUCUAUUUUUUUUUCUUGUUAUGCUGCUUAAUUUUUUCUCAAACAAGUCAAAAUAAUUCUUAAAUAUGAAUAGUAUGGAUGAGCAUAAUCGUAUGAUGCAUCCGACUAGUGCGAUGUUAUCUCAACCAUAUGGGAUGUCGUCUGUUGAUCCUAACCAUGGUGCACCUACUCCACCUGAUCAAGAUACACGCAAACAAGAUAUCGGGGAAAUUUUACAACAAAUAAUGAACAUUACGGAUCAGUCCUUGGACGAAGCUCAAGCUAGAAAACAUACAUUAAAUUGUCACCGAAUGAAGCCUUCAUUAUUCAGCGUUUUAUGUGAAAUUAAAGAGAAAACUGUGCUAAGUUUAAGGAAUACACAAGAAGAAGAACCACCAGACCCUCAGUUAAUGAGAUUAGAUAACAUGUUAAUUGCCGAAGGAGUGGCUGGUCCUGAAAAAGGAGGUGGUGCAGGAGCCGCAGCUAGUGCCUCGGCCGCAGCUUCAGGUGGUCCUGGGCAACCAGAUAACGCCAUUGAGCAUUCGGACUAUAGAGCAAAAUUAGCUCAAAUCAGGCAAAUCUAUCAUCAAGAACUCGAAAAAUACGAACAGGCUUGUAAUGAAUUUACUACCCACGUAAUGAAUCUCUUACGAGAACAAUCUAGAACGCGACCGAUCACUCCAAAAGAGAUCGAACGAAUGGUGCAAAUAAUACAUAAGAAAUUCUCUUCUAUACAAAUGCAACUGAAGCAAAGUACUUGUGAAGCAGUCAUGAUACUCAGAUCUAGGUUUUUAGACGCUAGAAGAAAAAGGCGUAAUUUUAGUAAACAAGCUUCUGAAAUACUAAAUGAAUACUUUUAUUCGCAUCUAAGUAAUCCAUACCCUUCCGAAGAAGCAAAAGAAGAGUUAGCUAGAAAAUGUAGCAUCACUGUGUCUCAAGUGUCUAAUUGGUUUGGAAAUAAAAGAAUUCGAUACAAGAAGAAUAUAGGAAAGGCUCAAGAAGAAGCAAAUCUCUAUGCCGCCAAAAAAGCUGCCGGUGCUUCACCCUAUAGUAUGGGUCCUGCUUCACAAGGAACACCAACUCCUUUACUAUCUCCAGCUCCUGGUGGUGGUCCGCAAGACAGCAUGGGUUACAGUCUUAGUUUAAAUGGGGCUGAAUAUAGUUCUCCUAUGUCUGGAUCACAGGUUUGUGCACAAUAUUCUGAUGGAAGUUUAGGAUAUGAUCCAAUGGGACACCAGACAAUGCCUAAAAAUUCUGGAUCACCAUCUACUGGAUGGAACUCCAGUCACGAAUAUCAAUCACAUGGUAUGCAUGAUGAUAGCGAAGACUCGUCAGAUGAUGUCGAUAUAAAACGCCCAAAAAUGUCUUAAGCAUUUUUAUUCUUAAUUACUAAAUUUGUUCAUUUUUUACGUACAUAAAACAAUUGCUUAACUUAAUCUUUAGACCUACGUAAGUGAGAGUAAUCAGCCUUUAUACUUUCUGUAUGUCUACUACAUUAUGUAUGUUUUAAAAAACUCAUCUCACUCUAACUAAUAAAUAUUAUGAAUCUACUGUAAUGACGAAAACGAAAGACUUAGGCCUUUGAAUGGGUGUGUUCUAACUUUAAUACACAUCACAUAUAAGGAAGUGUAUUAUGUAUAAAUAACGUUAACCUAAUAUUUGAGAUUACCAUACUGAAAUUUAGUAGACAGUUUUAUUAUGAAACUAUUUUUAGUAUCUUAUUAUUAUUAUUAUUAUUAUUAUUAUUAUUAUUAUUAUUAUUGUAUAAUUAAAUGAUAAUAUUAACUUGAGCUUUUUGAACGUUAAUCGUUCAUAAUGUAACUUUGGUAUACGUAUAUUGUGCACAUCACCAGAUUAUUAGUAAUUUUUAUAGAAAAAAAUAUGAUAAUAAUAUUGUUGAUUAUGUUUACUCACACAUUUUUUCUACUAUCUGUGAUCUCAAAGGAAAAUCAACACGUGCAUCAAAUUCAAGUACAAUCAUGUCCAGUGUUUAUUUCCUUUUUCACCAAGUAUACGAUAUACACACGGUAAUAUUAUUAUUUUUCAUGAUAUUUAAAAAUACACAUUUUAAAUAUAAAACGAGUUUUGUUAAUAAUUGUUUAAUAAAUAUUGUAUUAAAUAAAUAAGUAGUGUAUUUUUUAAGGCACCAUGACUAGUAACCCUUACAUUUUUAAUGCUUUUUUUUUUAAAAAAUAAAAAUAAACAUAUUACAGUUAAAUGUAUACGAUAUUUGUAAGGUUAUUUAUUGUUGUCUGUGAACUGUGCAUUUUUUCCUCUUUAUUUUUUAUG